GAUAAAGCCCCGUAAAAAUCGACCGUCAAUAGAACGUUGAUUGGGCAAGUAGUGCCCCAAGAAACGCAGAACAGUUCACUAGUACUUCCUCUUGAUUCAAAGAACUCAAGAAAUGGCACCGCAAAUUCGCCCACUCACGCCAGAGCUGCAAAAAGUGGCCAAUGAGCAGCUGAAGGAGGACCCCGCCCGCUUGGAAGCGGAUCUGCAGGCUUUCAAGACCUGGAUCGAGCAGCAGCCCCAUUUAAAUCCCCGAAUGGACGAUCAACUACUGGUGGCCUUCCUGCGCGGCUGCAAGUUCAGUUUGGAGCGGGCCAAGUCCAAGUUAGAUAAGUACUACACGCUGAAGACGAAAUAUCCGGAAUUCUUUAGAGUCACCAGCACGACGGAGGGGAAAUUCCGGGAGAUUCACCAAACGGGGGCUAUCAUUUAUUUGCCCACCCCACUUAAUGAAAAUGGACCUCGCAUUGGUCUUUGGCGUAUGGGCCUGUGUCCUGUGGAGAAGUACCACAUCCUGGAGUGUAUGCGUGUGGCUCAGGCUUUGCAGGAGAUUGCCAUCUUGGAGGACGACUACGCGAAUGUAAACGGUAUUGUCUUCAUCAUGGAUAUGAAGGGAGCUACGGCAGCGCACAUGUUUCAAAUGACGCCGGCGAUGGCCAAGAAGUUCACGGUGUUUUCAGAGGAAGCUCUUCCGCUGCGUCUAAAGGCUCAGCAUUUCAUCAAUACCAUUACCGGUUUUGAGCAGGUGUUCAAUAUGUUCAAGCCCAUGAUGUCCAAGAAGAUGCAGUCACGCCUGUUUGUGCAUGGCAACAAACUGGAUCUAUUAACGGAGCAGAUUCCGCUAAAGUACCUUCCUGUGGAAUACGGCGGCGAGAAUGGAACUGUGCCAGAAAUUGUGGCCGAGUGGGAAAAGAAGCUGGAUGCGUACACCGACUUUUUCAACGAUAAUGUCAAUUACGGCACUGAUGAGAGUCUGCGUCCGGGAAAACCUAUUGACUUUGAAGGCCUCUUUGGAACCGAAGGGUCCUUUAGGAAGCUUAACGUAGAUUAGUGCUGUUCAAGUUGCCUUAUAUGAAUUUGUUAGCUUACUAUAAAAAUCGUUCAUUAUUUGGUCAGUUUUAUUAAAUCACACAAAUCAGGAUCUGUAGAAGCAGA